UCUCUUUUCGUUGACGAACUAAACACCUUCUAAGUGAUCAAAGUGCAAGUUAAACCAACCUUUUCUUUCAUUUAUCUUUUUGGCACAUGGAGUCAUUGUUCAUAUGCUUCCUCUGUUGUUGAAAUGCCGCUUACACACCUGCUUUCCUCUUUGUUUUAAACAUGUUCAUUCAUGUUUAACACACAAAAAAUGUCUCCAGCUCUACGACCGACUUGGUUUCGGUCCACCGUCACUUCACCUCUUCCUCUCUCUCUGUUGUCGUCUUUCCCAGAAGUGUGUGUUUAGAGCGAUAAAAGACCGGCUGCGUUCACAGCUGGACUGAAUCCCGGCUCUCUUGCAGGAGGAACAAAGCACUGGCCGUUGUGAAGAAGCAGCUCAAAGCCAUCAACGAAACCACAAGCAGUGGAUCAGUUAUAGAUUAAUAGAAUUCAUGGUCCAGCUGGUACGUUACAUACGUUUGUGUUGUUAAUCUCUUCUGUGAAGCGCUGCCGUUGCACAUUCCGCAGACCAGUAUCUCUUUUGGGUUCUUCCUUCCUUUCAAAUGUCCUUUUGUUAUUCAGCUGGAGCACCGAUAGGAUCUGCUGGACUGUUUCCCGUUUGGGUUUGAAAUCACACAUCAACAAAAGAAAUCAUUUACCUUCAAGUCUGAAGUCUAACCAAAGCUUUGAGUGUGAGAUAAAAGUGCGUACCCGUUUACCUUUACAGUGUUUUUCCCGGGGGUCCUUCCUCUGCCGCUGUUUGUGCGGCUCGCCGUCGUUCUUUUACACAAACAUUACAUUGAGAUUUAAGUGUCACCUGUGUCUUUGCUUCAUACUCGAUGUGCGGUUCCAUGUGCGUUGAUGUACUCAACUGCUUUGCGCCGCUCUUAUUUGUUGCACGAGUAACGCUGUGAAUGCCCUUUUCAAAAUGUCCUCCCUCGCCGCUCCCGUCUGCAACAGCAUGGACGUCUCAGAGGAUGACGACGACUACUUCUUCUACCACGAGAACAUCAGCUUCAACUCCAGCUACGACGACUACCCGGUCCUCUGCGAGAAGGGCGACGUCCGUUCCUUCGCCGCCGCCUUCCUCCCCGCCGUGUACGCCGCGUGCCUGCUGGCGGGUCUGGCGGGAAACGGCUUGGUCGUGGCCGUCUACGCCUACCACAAGCGCCUGAGGACCAUGACGGACGCCUUCCUCACCCACCUGGCCGUGGCCGACCUGCUGCUGCUCUUCACGCUGCCCUUCUGGGCGGCGGACGCGGCGAGGGGCUGGGAGCUGGGCGGGGUCCUCUGCAAGGUCGUGUCGGCCUGCUACUCGGUCAACUUCACCUGCUGCAUGCUGCUGCUGGCCUGCAUCAGCCUGGACCGCUACCUGGCGGUGGCCAGGGUGCGCGGCAGGGAGGGCGGGCGCUGGCUGCGCAGGGUGGUCACCAGGAGGCACUGCUGGAAGUUGUGCUCGGCCGUCUGGGCGACGGCCUUCGUCCUCGGCCUGCCCGAUUUGAUCCUCUCGGAGGUGCGGUGGUUGUCCGACAGGAGCGUCUGUCUGGCGGUGUACCCGGCGUCCAUGGCCCAGGGGGGGCAGGCUGCCCUGGAGGUGGCCGAGGUGCUGCUGGGGUUCCUGCUCCCGCUCCUGGUCAUGGUGAUCUGUUACGGCAGCGUGGGCCGGGCGCUGAGGGGCCUCCCCGCGGACGUCGGGGGCAGGAAGCGGAGAGCCCUGCGCGUCCUGCUGAUCGUGGUGGGGGUGUUCGUGGUCACUCAGCUGCCUUACAACGUCGUGAAGCUCUACCGAGCGAUGGACUCCGUCUACGCCUUGGUGACCCACUGCGUGACGAGUAAAGUGCUGGAUAAGGCGGCUCAGGUGACGGAGAGCUUGGCUCUCACCCACUGCUGCCUCAACCCCAUCCUCUACGCCUUCGUGGGCUCGUCCUUCAGGCAGCACUUGGUGAAAGUGGCCAAAAAGUUUAGCCAGAGGCGGAGAAGGACCAGGAGGAGGGAGGAUCCCGCGGUGGACGGAGGGAUGGAGAUGUCAUUUAACUCCCACAGUGCAUCUCAAGAGACAAACACAUUCUCAAUAUGAGAAGUAGUGAAAGGUCCCAGUAAAAGGGCCUCAGAGGCAGUAGAGGCAUGUGAGGAAACUGCACAUUUACGUUAGCGCUUCAAUUCCCUCCAUAUCAGGAGGUUGAUGGUUGUAUCUGUGUUUACUUUCAAGGACCAAACCAUGAAUGCAAAAUACAUUUGUAUCCAGAGGAAUCAAUGUUUCAUUACAAGCGUAUUUCUCCCAGUUGUAAUGACGGUGGAUUCUCACUCUUAACUUAAACUGCUUCAACUGAGUCAAACUGAAUCUGGUUGUUUUUUUGUUGAAGGUCAAAGACAUUUCGCAAAGAUGUCUCACGAAACUUGGAGUGUUACACAUGACGCAUAUUGUGACACUUCAAGCUGCUCACGGCAGAUAGAUGCGUGAACCUCAUACUCCUCAUUGCACAAUAUACAAAUCAAAUCUAAGAAAAAUGGAUCUAUUUAUAAACGAACGAAUACGCUGGAACUUUAGUCUUUGUAAUGCAACUUGUUUAAAAUAGUUCUUGUUAUAAAUCCUGAUUUACUUACAAGUUAAGUUAACUUAUAAGUUACACAUCUGGACAGUCUACAAACAAGAUGUAAUCUGACUUUUAACAUGUAAUAUGACAAUUAAAUCUACUCUCUCACUAUGUAUUUUUUCAUAAAUUCCUAAGAAUUAAAAUAUAUCGCAUAUCA